AUGCUGGUGCACCUCAAGACGGCUUUCCGACAAGCCGGGAAGAUGCCCCAGGGGAUCUUGCCCAAACUGGAAGCCAACGUCCUGGUCCUCGGGGCGGAGAAAGUGGGCAAAUCGGCUUUAACUGUCCGGUUUCUGACCCGGAGGUUCAUCGGUGAAUAUGGGAAUAUUGAAUCCAUUUAUAAUCAUAACAUGAAGGUGGCUGGGCAGAGAGCUUCAUUCAGUAUCUGGGACUCGGCCUGCCCACAGGUGGACAACCUGCAGAGCUGCUUGAACGAGAAACAGCUGCACUGGGCCGACGGUUUCCUUAUUGUCUACAGUAUCUGCGAUCGGGCCAGUUUCGCUUUUGCCCGUCAUCAGCUCCACUGGCUCCGACGAUGUUCAAAGAGAAGAAACGGGAGACGGAGGGCGCCCAUCGUUCUGGUGGGCAACAAACGGGACUUGCAGCACCAGCGGGCUGUCUCCAGCGAGGAAGGCCGCCUUUUGGCCCUGUCCACCAACUCUGGCUUUUUCGAAAUUUCGACGGCCGAGACCUACCAUGGCUCCCUGGUGGUCUUCAACGAACUUCUUAACCUGGUUCAGGACUCAAAGAGCCUCACUAAGAAGACGGUGGGCAUCCGGGAGAUUGUCCGCAGCGUGUCAGCCAUCUUUGGGCGAAGAAGGGCCGACUGA